AUGGAAUGUCCCAUAUGUGGUGCCAUCUUCCCGAUCAACGAAAUUGAAGAUCACGUCAACCGCUGUCUCGAUGAUAAUGAGGCCCGGUCCUUCACCAACCCGGCACCAGCUGCUGCGCCAUUACCAACACCAAAGGCCUCUGUUCCUCCUAUGCAAACAGUUACAAAGAAAAAGGACAAGUCGACGAAAGAUACUUCCGACCAAAUUGAUUUAUUAGACCAUUUUUUAACGUCGUCGACGGAGUUUCCUGGAGUCUCCGAGAUUCAAACGCAGCCGAUAGUAGUUGAGGACCAUGCGGUAACACUUGGGCAAAAGGUUGAUUUUCUGAUUGAUUUCAACGAACUGCAAUUUACGGACUUAUACAACGCGUAUCAGAAAACGUCGUUUUCAAAGGACUUUGUGUGUCCCCACUCGAAGAUCCGGAUGAGCGAAAUGUUCACGCAGUGUCACAUCGGCUCAUCCCUCAUUAACGUCACGAAUGCAUUGCAACCGUCCCGAACGAGUCUUCCGACACAGAAAGAACAGAAGUACUCUGUCGACAUAACAAUUCCUAUUGGGAUUGGACACAAUGUGUUUCCGCUGCUCGUUGGGAUGGAGUUACGCUAUUUUGAUGUUGUCAUUUACUUUCCUAAAGAAGGGAAUUUGGUCAUCUUUGCGCACUCUUUCAUCUUAGCAGCACGGUCCCCACUGUUUCAAGUUGAGUUGAAUGAAAUGGAGAGAAUAGAAGGAGUCUUCUUCUAUGGAGUGACGGAGUAUUCGUAUACCAGUUUCUUUGCGUUGAUCAAUUAUAUGUAUAAGGGAAUCACUAAACAAGCAUUUCUCGACCAAGCAGCGGAGCUGGAAGCCGUGUAUUCGCCAUCGAAUAACCCGAUCAUAGAAGACAUACUGGCACUGAAGAACCCGCACUUCUAUGACGGGUUUUUCUCGGUGACGAAGAACAACGUCGAGGUGAAACGAAUUGGAUUCAGUCGACUCCUCUUCUUCAUGUUCUCCGAGUACUUUAAUGAACUCUUUGAACGAAAACAGCGAGAGUAUAGUAACACGGGAAGACUCCGAAGGUAUAGCGAACUCCCUCACCGUGUCGGGCAAAGUGUGUUUGACACGAUAAUUUCUACGUUAAAAAUGGAUAAUAAGUCUCUUCCAACGGGCGAUCCUGAGCCGUUUGUAUUUGUGAUCAAAGGAGACAAUGAAGAGGUGGAUGUCGUCGAACAAGCGAUCUACGAAAUAGUCUCGUUCAUCUAUCACAACGGCGUUGGGAAACCAUACGUCUUGGAUGAGUCAAAAAUGGACGAUAUGACGAAACAACGAGUAGUUCCGAUCGUGCUGCACUUUUCGUAUUUAUUCAAAGAGACGGUGUUGAGUAUAGAGUGUGAAAAGGUCCUCAAAAAGAACCUUCUGGUCAAUACGAUGAAUUGCAAUGGACUCUUCUUGUCGAUGAGAAAUGCAAGUUGGAAGUUCAAGAGGUUUUUAGUUGAGAAAUUGGCGGAGGGAGUGUUGGGGUGCCAACACCUUGAAAACAUUGUGCGUUGGACGGACGACGUCGUCGACUGUUUCUAUGAGAUUUUAUUUACAUAUGGAUUACUCUGCGAGGAAGGGCCGAGCGAGACGAAUCUUCGGAAGAUGGAGACAUAUGGUGUGUUGGGUGUCGUUUCUUUCUGUCGGGAGAGCCACAAACAGAGCGACAAAGUCAGUGAAUUUUGUUUAGCCUAUUUUGAGCGCGUCAUGCAGCGACGGGACAUCAUUGAAUUUUUAGGAGUGAAUGGGUAUGAAGGAAUCCGGCCAUUAAUAUGUGCGUGUUCUGUAGGAGGGACGAGGAGUAGGAAAUAUCAAGAGAGGAGUGUGGGGAUACUUCGGAGAGUACUUAGUGAUGUAGUAAAGGAGUAUAGUAAUUUGGCAUUAAGUCGAGGGAACACAUAUGUGACGGAGGCAUUGUUCCGGAUGGUUACAGAUACAUUAAAUAGUGAUAUGCAAGUGACAAAGAUGUGUAAUGUGUGUUAUGACAAUUUAGGGUUGCUGAGUAAAAGAUGUGAAAUGUGUGGACAACGAAUGUGUAAGAAAUGUUGCUUGAAAGGGUUUGUAUUGAACUUUAAUAACAAUCAAAGAACACUGAAAACACUGUGUUAUAGAUGCCAUAGAAUAUGGUGUUUCUUGUCGUCUGUUGAUUACUACCAAAUUAGUAAAUAA